AGAUGACCCAGAUCCGUGUGCACGGCGACUGCCCAUAAACGAAUUAACUGUCUCUCUUCUGUUUCUUAUCUUCUCUCCCAUGUCCCUUUUCUUCCUCUCGCUCUGUUGCUCCUUACGGGAAAAUCCACUCAGAAAUGGUCGUUAAGCAUCAUACGAUGCAUUUUGCAUCAUCAAGAGGAUGUGGCAAGUGACAAUUAGAUUUUUGAAAGUCCUAUAUCUUGAAAAUGUGAUUUCUGACAUGCAAAACACUUUAGGAAUGUAUCAACAGUGGACUAAUGAAAAACAAUAUAUAUAUUUUGGGUUGGAUUUGUCCUUCAACGCACCUCUCUCUCUCUUUCUCUUUAUUUCCCUCCCUCGCGCAAUUCCCCGGUUGUAUUAGGGUGGAUGACGCGGCACCCAUACCUGUGUUGUGUGCUUCUUGCGCCGGCUGGGCGUGCAGCCUGGUGAAGGGAGGGUGAUGGGGAUGCGGCUGCCAUGGUAACACGCCGAUUAGAUUCAGACCUUUGUGUGUAUUUAUUUAUUUAAUAUUUCAUUUGCGUGCGUGCGUGCCUGAGAGGUGACGGGCGUUAUGGAAGUCAGCCUGCAAUUGGAAUCAGACUAUUAAGACUGGUGUCGCGUUCCUUUUGAGUUAUGAUUGGCCAUAGAAUUGCCUAUUUAAACAUUUGGCUAUACCUUCUCAAGCUCAACAAGUUAUUCCGGUUGGAACAGGACUUCAUGGAUAUAAUUCUUUCAAGUGCACUUAAUUUCCUUGCAUGGUUUUAUUCAUCAAGAUUCGUUAAAAACAUGUAAAUGAAACGAAGGUUUUGUUAAUCGUAAAUUAAUAGGAUGGGCUCCAAAGAUGUCGCUGUAACGGUCCAAGGAUGUCAUUGGGAGUGACUGGAGAAGUGGAAGAGGAGGGGAAACGCGUCUGAAAUAGCAGAACAUUUAUCCUGGCGGGUUUGGAGACGUCACAUAUUCUGCACUUGCCCAGGUUGUCUGUUCUGUUUGUGUGUUUCCGAACUGAAUUCCGAAAAUAACCCUAAUGCUGACGCUAACAGCUUGUCUUGUUUUACGUGCCCGGACAAAGGGAAUAUUAUCGGGUGUUAGGCGAGUGUGGACUACAUUGGGGGUACGACCACUUGCAUAUGUACUCUUGCUUAUUUUCGUGUCUUUGUGUGUGUAUCUUUGUCUGUGUUUGAAAGCGUGUUUCAGUAUAAAUCAGUGCGCCGGUGAGUCAGACUGUGUGCAAGUGUCUGUCUGUGUGUGUCUCGUGCCCGUUUGUGUCCGUUAAAACAAACCGAUCCGUGCUGAUGAGGCUCACGUGUACUUGUAAUUCAUAGGUAGCCAACCACCCAAAACUACCACCUCUCAUCCACUGUCAAGAUGAACUCUUACAGAAUACUACCAUGUGUCGAUGAGAGCAAGAGGGAGACAUAUCCUUGACAACCAGAGAGGGAGGGUCAAAGAGCGACCUGCGUCAUUAUCCCUGAGAGAGAGACCAGGAAUUAGGUGACAAUAUGCCUGUUGUCGAAACGCUGAGGGCAGCAAUAGAAAGGAGAAGGUGGGCCUCAGGCCAGGAGAAGAAGGGAGGAUGGAGAGAUCUCGAUGAAGAAAGCGAGCUGGGGAAAGGAGGAGAUAAGUGAAAGCACUGCCAUCAUAUUUUUGGAGUGACAAAUCUAUUGUCGUUUUUAAGUAGCAAACUCCCAGAGGUGGGGUUAGGAUGCACAGAUCAGUGGAGAGGAGACAGAUCACUACAAGCCAUUGGAGAUUAUAAAAAGUUGAGGUCAACUAUUUAAUCACCACCUUUCUCUUUCCCCAGACAGUCUUAGGUAGUAGCCUUUUAUUGGGCUCCUAGUUGAACAUUGACAGGACAUAUUGUCCCGUUUUGACAAUCUGUUUCCAGAGUGAGAGUGACAGGUUAUAUUGAUCUCCCUUUGCCCCCCUUCUCCCUGGUUAGGGGAUGGAUGGGGUGGCGGGAGGUGUUGGGCCCCCUGGCGGGAGCGAGGGUCGGCCGGGUCGUAGUGGAGGAGACUCUAAGAGGCGCAGUAAGGGCAGCCUGCCCUCCCCAGGGUACUGCCUCUCCCAGGCAUCUCUGGAGGGUGACAGGUCAGGGGUCGAGGGGUCCGGUUCCGGAGGGGGGCGACGGCGCCUCUCCAUCUUGAGUGCCACCCGAGACGGCCUCCCCUUCCAUUCAGCGGGCACCCCGACCACCCCUGUCCCCCUGCCCCCUCCUCCAGCCCCCUUCUCCUCCGCACAGCAGCGUUCUGUUGGCUUUUCCUCGUCACGCGCUGCCCUUGCCUCCACUUCCUCCUCCACCGGCACCGGAGUGGUCGUCGUAGCGUUGGGCCCGGAAACCACGACAACCACGGCUUGUAACACCGUGGCGGGCACGUCGGAAAUGGGGAGUCUGUCUGGGACGGGGGGCAUGGGGGGGUUUGGGAUGGGUCUGGACGGGGAGGACUACAGCUACUCCAACCAGUCCACCUUCAUCCAGAGACAGUUUGGAGCCAUGCUGCAGCCGGGGGUCAACAAGUUCAGCCUGCGCAUGUUUGGGUCCCACAAGGCCGUGGCCAUGGAGCAGGAGAGACUCAAAUCAGCAGGGGAGUGGAUCAUACACCCCUACAGCGACUUCAGGUUCUACUGGGAUCUGAUCAUGUUGUGUUUGAUGAUGGGGAACCUGAUCAUCCUGCCAGUAGGAAUCACCUUCUUUAAGGAUGAGAACACUCCUCCCUGGAUCAUCUUCAACGUGGUCUCUGAUACUCUCUUCCUGGUUGACCUGGUCCUCAACUUCAGGACCGGUAUCGUCAAGGAGGACAGCACCGAGAUACUGCUAGACCCCAAGGCUAUCCGUCAGCGCUACCUAAAGAGCUGGUUUGCGGUGGACUUUGUGUCGUCCAUCCCUGUGGACUACAUCUUCCUGAUGGUGGACUUGGAGGCCCGGCUGGACUCAGAGGUUUACAGGACGGCCAGGGCCCUCCGCAUCGUACGCUUCACCAAGAUCCUCAGCCUGCUACGCCUGCUGCGCCUGUCACGACUCAUACGCUACAUCCACCAGUGGGAGGAGAUCUUCCAUAUGACCUAUGACCUGGCCAGUGCCAUGGUGAGGAUAGUCAACCUGAUAGGCAUGAUGCUGCUGCUGUGCCACUGGGACGGAUGUCUACAGUUCCUGGUUCCCAUGCUGCAGGACUUCCCCCUGGACUGCUGGGUCUCCAAGAAUAACAUGGUGAAUGGUACGUGGGGGAUCCAGUACUCCUAUGCCCUGUUCAAGGCGAUGAGCCACAUGUUGUGUAUUGGCUACGGUGCCCAGGCUCCAGAGGGCAUGACAGACGUGUGGCUCACCAUGCUCAGUAUGAUCAUUGGUGCCACCUGCUAUGCCAUGUUCAUCGGCCAUGCCACCGCUCUCAUACAGUCCCUGGACUCCUCACGACGACAGUACCAGGAGAAAUAUAAGCAGGUGGAACAGUACAUGUCGUUCCAUAAGCUCCCUGCAGAUGUCCGUCAGAGGAUUCAUGAGUACUACGAGCAUCGCUUCCAGGGCAAGAUGUUUGACGAGGAGAACAUACUGGGUGAACUCAGCGAACCACUAAAGGAGGCGAUAGUUAGCUUUAACUGCCGUAGCCUAGUGGCUCACAUGCCGCUGUUUGCUAACGCGGACCCUAACUUUGUGACGGCAGUGUUGACCAAGCUUCGCUUCGAGGACUCCCUCAGUGUGGACAGCUUCAACGAGGUCCUGGAAGAACACCCCAUGAUGAGGCGGGCCUUCGAGACGGUGGCCGUCGACCGGUUGGACCGCAUCGGUAGGAAGAACUCUAUCCUGAUGAGAAAGCCUUCCCAGGCGAGUUCCAUGGCGGGGGGCAGCGGUUUGGGGCGUGGGGGUCAAGGAGGAGGAGGGGCGGGGCUAGGCAUGGGGGGGCUGGGCUCCUGUGACAGCAUGCUGGUUCAGCAGAUCGUUAAACACGACAGCAUGCCAGCCAUGCAGGAGGCCAUCGCUGCUGCCGCUGCAGGAAGGGGAGGUGCCACGGGAGGAAGUGGUACGGUCUCCCCUAGGCCCCACCCACUGAUCUGGGCUCCACUGAUCCACGCUCCGCUCCAGACGGCGGCCGCUACGACUAACGUGGCCAUCGCCCUCAUGCACCAGCAGCAGCAGCAACAGCAGCUUCAACAUCAGCUACAGCAGCAACAUGCGCUAGGGGGCGCUAUAUUCCUCCCCUCCAUCUCUCCAUCGCCCUCCGUCUCCUUCCCCCUCUCCUCCCCGCGGCCCCCUGUCCUGCAGCCCCUACGCCCCUCUGUGAGUUCCCUCAUUGGGAUGAUGGGGGUAGGAGUGAUGGGGGGGUUGUCCCCUAGAGGGGGGUUUCCUGCCUUCCCAUCCCCCUCACCCUUCCCCAUGGCCCCCCCGGGAGGUGUGAUAUCACCCCCUGUUGCUCAAACCCCACCCACACCGGCCUCCUCUGUCUCCACGUCGGUCCAAUUAGGAAAGACCCUGCACUACAGUCUCCGCCUCCACCCGGAACACUCUUCAGUGAUGGGUGGAACCCCAGGAAUCCCCAAGGUAGGAGGGGCCACCACACCCCAUCUGUUCUACCACGUGAAUCCAACUGCAGCCACCAGUGUCAUGUCAGACACUUGGAGUUCCAUGGCUGGCCAGCAUGGGGCCAAGGAGGCGCUAUUUCGUCACGGAGGCAACAGCAACCAGGGCCUGCCUGCACUCGGGAGGCUCACCCAGGAGGCCAGGCUCCUCUCCGCUUCGCAGCCCACCCUGCCUCAUCGAUCCUGGGCAAGCAUGCAGCCUCACCCCCCUCUCCAGCGGAAGGCCUCUGGAGGUAACCUGCUGCCAGCCUCAUUCCUGGCUGGGACGCAGCUAGCCAGGGGUGGCAGUGUGGGGGUGUUGACUACUCCCCUACCAGUACAAGUCCCAGCACAACGGUUACAGAUGCCCCCCUUCAAUGCACAGAUACAAGCACAGAACCUGGGCUCUAUACAGCCCCUCCCUGAUCCUGCCUCUACACACUGCCCUGCACACACACACACAGCCACACACACACAUCCCGUCGCUGUACCUGCAGCCACACCCACAUCAGCUUCUCCCCUGGCCUCCUACACUUCCUCCCCCAAACAAAGCCCUCUCUCCUCUGCCACCCCCUCCCCUGCUCCCACUCAUUUCUCCCUCAUCCCAGCACUGCCACUGACCCCUCGCCCCAAACCCACCCCUACACCCCCAUUUCGUUCCUCCUCUCCUCCCCCCUGCUCCAUCCCUCCCUCUUUCGGAACUACUCCACUCUCCUUAACUUCUCGCUCCAAACCCAUCCCUACACCUCCCCCGUGCUCUUCUUCCCCCUCUCCCUCCUCCACUCCCCCUCCCUCCUCUGUAACCACCUCUUUCCCCCUCACCUCAACCCCUCGGUCCAAACCCAUCCCUACACCUCCCCCGUGCUCUUCUUCCCCCUCUCCCUCCUCCACUCCCCCUCCCUUCUCUGUAACCACCUCUUUCCCCCUCACCUCAACCCCUCGCUCCAAACCCAUCCCUACACCUCCCCCGUGCUCUUCUUCCCCCUCUCCCUCCUCCACUCCCCCUCCCUUCUCUGUAACCACCUCUUUCCCCCUCACCUCAACCCCUCGGUCCAAACCCAUCCCUACACCUCCCCCGUGCUCUUCUUUCCCCUCUCCUUCCUCCACUCCCCCUCCCUUCUCUGUCAGUGCCCCUCUCUCACUUCCACAAACCCAUGGGCGCAAGUCCUCUCUCACGUCCCCCUCUCCCCCCUCCUCUUCCCUACCCUCCUCUCCCACUCUUCUUCAGAGCCCCCUAAUCAAGCCCUCCCCUACACCCCCCUCCCCUUACCCUCUAUCUGGGCCCACCCCUACCCCCUCUAAAGCCUUUACCCCUAUCCAGACUCGUACCCAUACCCCUACCCUCUCUCAACCCUCCAAUCGUCCCCCUACUCCUAUUUCUACUCCUGUUCCCACUCAGAGCCAAACCCUAACUGCAACCCCCACCCCAGCCUCCACCCUCACCCCAGCCUCCACUCCCACCCCAGCCUCCACUCCCACCCCAGCCUCCACUCCCACCCCAGCCUCCACUCCCACCCUAGCUCCAACCUCAACCUUGAUUCCUACCCCUUCUUCCAGUAAAGCUCCCACUCCUAUCUCUAUCCCUUCACCUGCCCUUAUGCAAAUCCAAACUCUAACCCCAACACCUACCAGUUCUAAAACUCAGGCCCCAACCUCAACUCCAACCCCCAAACCUCCCCCUACCCAUACUGCCAAACAUACCCCACAUAUAGCCCCUGUUCAAACCUCCAUCCAUACUCCAACACCCACAUCUAAGCAUUCUCUUACUCCUGUACCCAUCGCCUCCGAUGCUGCAAUUCAAGCCCCAACAAAAGGCUCAGCCCACACCCCAAAACAGAUCCCAGCAGCCCAAACCCUAGUCCAAACACCUGCCCCAAAACCCACUUCUAAAUGUUCUGUUACCCCCACAAUCCCACCUGUACCUAUCCAUACCCCAAAACAAUCCUCCACCCCCAAACCUGCAUCAACCCAUACCCCAAAACAGAGCCAACCUUUAGGUCCUGUCCCCACACCUACCUGUACCCCUUACACCAGUCAUGCUCCAAAGCUGACCACAGCCGUAACACCUGUCCAAACCUCCACUACCACCCUCCCACCCACUCAGUUGGUCCCAGGCCCAGCCACCUCCCUCCCUCAAACCUCUUUCCCCCCAGCCACCUCUGCCCCAUCUGCCUCCCCCAAGGGGGGCAAGAAGGACCCGUAGCUGCCUCAGACAGGGAAAGACAAAUAGGGACUGAGAGAAAAACUGCCUGCCAACAUGUGAUGGUCCUGGAGGAAAUGAUCUGAUUGGAGGAUGGACUUUUCGGGCCAGAUAUACUGUGUAGGUUGUGUCACAAAACAGCCCAUGCCCCGAUUAAAGUAGCACACUGUAGGGAAUAGGGUACUGCAGAUUUGAGUUCAACAAACUAUCCUCCAAACAGUCCAUGACUUGUGACUAGGUUUUAACUGUUGUUGCCAACAUGGCAUGCCAAAAUUCUAGAUUCAAACCGAGUUCGGCAGACUCUGUAUAUCUAUGGCUCUGGUGACUAGGGCAGGCUAGAGUAGAAUCACAGAUUUUAUUUGAAGUCCAAACAUAUAGAUACAUAUCUGUGUCAGUGAUUGUUGGAGCAAGCAAGAGAGAUGAAGUGGAAAGAUAAUGGCAGCACACAGUGGGAGGGACGAUACAGCUGUCAGAAAAGACCAGGACGAUGACGACAAAGAUAGCAAUGGGUUCGUUGCAUCUUGCUGCUGAUUGGAGGAGGGUUAGUUGGCCAAUUCUAAAGCGACCAAUAAGAUAGGCACCUCCUGAUUUCCAGCUCCACCUCCCUUUUGCCUCUCGCUCUUCACCAAAGUGUAAUAUUUUGUCAUUAUAUGAUUAAUCAUAGUAUGAGAUUACUAAUCACUGUAAAGUUAAUCAUCAUAUUGAUCAGUAACUAUAGGAGCGAUUGAUCCACUUGUAGUUUUGUUGUCUAAAUUGUGUGGUGUUUAGCUUCGGUCCAAUAUGUUCACACAACUUCUGGAACUGAAUUGUGUUUUUUUGGUGCAACACUUAAUACUGCUCCCUCGUAAACUGUGGAUGUGGGUUUAUUUGUUCCGUCUAGCUUCCUGUAAAUGCAUGCCUCUCUCUAUUCCCUCCCUUUCCCUCGUUCCUCACCUCCUCUGGCUCCUGUCUGCUUUCAUCCUGUCUUUCAUCUCUGUCUGUCUGAUCCUUCUUUCAUCUUUCACAGAGCUUUUGUAGUUAACUACUGUUCCAGAGACAUUCACAGAUGCUCUCUACCUCUCUCCAUCUCUGACUUUUCCCUCUCUCUACUGUAUCUCUCCAUCUCUCUCUAUCAUUCCCUCCAUCCAUCCCUCCCUCCCCCUCCUUUCUUCCCUCCCUUGUCCUGGUGUCAUGUCUAGUGCUGUUUGAUGUUUUCUGUGGGUAGCAACAGAGCAUUCCUCUUUCAACCCUUGAUACCAUGUUGCCUAGAUUAUAUUUAAGGACCAAAUGUUUUAUUUGUGAUCACAGCUUUAGCUUUUGAGAAAAAUCAAUGAAAUGAUAGUUGUUGAUGAUGAUGUUAUUGAUGAUGAUGAGGAUAACCAUGAUGAUGUUAUUGAUGAUGAUGAUGAUGAUGUUAUUGAUGAUGUUAUUGAUGAUGAUGAGGAUAACCAUGAUGAUGUUAUUGAUGAUGAUGAUGUUAUUGAUGAUGAUGAUGUUAUUGAUUAUGAUGAGGAUGACCAUGAUGAUGGUGACAGUAAGAAUGUUUUUGAUGAUAGCUAGAAUAAAGCACAUUUAGAAAGUCA